AUGUGCUUUACCUUUGCGUGGGUUGGAUGGGAGGGGACCGCACAUGACACGAGAAUUUUCAAUGAAGCGCGAAGGAGACAUGAAGUUAAGUUUCCACUUCCAGCCAAUGGUAAGUUUUACCUUGUAGACGUUGGAUAUCCUAAUACAAAAGGUUAUCUUGCUCCCUACAAAGGUUCAAACAUCCGUUAUCAUAUUCCUGAUUUUCGACGUGGACAGACUCGUGCCUCGCGGGAACCAAAAGGCUUCAAAGAAAAAUUUAACUAUUAUCAUUCGUCACUUCGCAAUGUAAUUGAACGAACUUUUGGAGUCUGGAAGGCUCGAUGGGUGUUACUAAGAGAUAUACAUGUAAAUUUCGACUUCGAGACCCAAGUCAAAAUUGUGCUAGCUUCAAUGGCGAUUCACAAUUACAUUAGAAUGAGCGGUAGUGGUGAUGCAGCAUUUCAGAUAGCGCAAGAAGAAUCUUAUAUUCCGUGCAAUGUUGAAGGACCCGAUGAUGGUAUUGAGCCACAUGACGAAGUAUCAAGUGGACAACAUAGAAGUGACGAUAUAUAUAUGAGUGCAGUACGCGAUAUGAUUGCGGGACAGAUUUUUUCAAGGUCAAACACUCGUGCACGUAAUGGCGUAUGA